AUGUUGACGCGAUUGAAUCCGACAGAGGCCACGACAACUACCCAGCAAUCUGGAGCCAAUCGAUCCUCCAAGAAACGCAAAGCCAUUGACGCACCCGCCACAUUCCGUGCCUCUGCCGCUGCACGUGAUGCCAUUGGAACUUUAACUCGCUGUUCGCUCUGUGGCUUUGGCGCUUCGACGCUCGACCAUUUACUCACUCACGUGCGCAAGUCGCACGACUGUAAUUACGAGCAAACAUUGCCUCAAAUGGCAUUGUCCUUUCACGUAGCGCAGAUGGUAGUGCAGCAUGUACUGGACCAGGCAGCACUAGGAGGUGCUACGAGUGCGUGGCUUGGAGCUAUGCAGCAGCAGUUUCCAGUGGCGGCCGACGUGACGGUCGCUCUUGAACGGAGAGACGCACAUGGCGUUGCAACAGCAAUUCGCAGCCUUCAUGGCACGACACAAACGGGAGAGGAUCAAACGAUGCUGACGACGUUGCAACAAGCUGUGCAGAUCUUACGGCAGUCACCACAUGCACCCUCAACUACAGACGCCACUCCAGUUCCGGCAGUGGCGAUCAAGCAAGAGGCCCCAUCACGUGAGUCAGCUGUAGCAGCAUCAGUAGAAACAGAAGACAAAGCAGUGCAGCAGAAGGUAAAAGACUCUAGUAUUCACGAGGCAGAAGCGGCGCAGGCACUUACUGGACUACGAGCUAUUGCCUCUAGUGCUACGACAACGGCGACGACAGCUCCACCUGCAACCACGACUUCGUCCUUGCGGCCACCAGCUGUGCCAAAGUCGUCUUCUAUGGCUCCCCAAGCUUCGUUUCCGUUGUUCACGCUUGGGUCACCGCUGGCCAUUACUGCGCCAUCAAUGCAACUUAGCAGUCCACACUUAAAUUCGUCAGAGGUGUUUGCCGACAGUGCUGCUCGGUCUCCUGGUAAUCCGUCAUCGUUGCCGAGUCUCUUUGCGCGGAGUCUCUUGGCACCAUUGGCAUCCCCGUCUAGUGCGACAGACCCUGGAGACCGAUCGGCUCUAGGUGUGGCUGGAAUGGGAUACCAGAAUUCCAUGAUUGUUCCGGACCAAUGCAAUACACGGAGUUCUACGAUUCGACCGGAAAUUUCCUCAGCAUCUCUCACGCCAGUGUACUACUCACAGUUCCAGGCGCUUCCUUCGGCUACUAAUGGCGUUAGUACUGGCACUGCUGUGGCAAAUCGACCAACGCCGGAAUCCCCCCUCAAGCGCAUAAGCAUCACGUCGAAGCAGCUAAGCAUAAGGUGCGACGAGGAAGUUGCGGCAGCGCGUGCCGCCGCAACUACAGCGGUGACAGCAGAUACGGGACUGGUAUCGCUGGGUCCAAUCUCUGUGCCUGGUAUGCCCAGUACGCCUGCAACCCGCAAAGCCACUCCUCGUCGUUGGACCAAAGAAGAGGAUGACGCACUGCGCACUGCUGUCGAAAGCCACCGCGAGAAAAAUUGGAAAGCUAUUGCCGCUCAAGUACCUGGUCGCAAUCACACGCAAUGUCUUCAGCGGUGGACCAAAGUGCUUGCUCCAGGUUUAGUGAAAGGCCAUUGGUCUCCGCACGAGGAUGAGCUCCUGCGGCGUCUUUUAGCAACGGAGCAAAAGAACUGGGGUGAUGUGGCCUCGAAGAUUCCGGGUCGCACGUCAAAACAGUGUCGGGAACGCUGGCACAACCAUUUGGAUCCGCAGAUCGUGCGUGGCGCGUACUCACCUGAGGAAGAUCGACUGAUUUUGGAGGCACAAGCGCGACUAGGCAAUCGUUGGUCGGUCAUUGCAGCGAUGCUACCAGGACGAACCGAAGAUGCUGUUAAGAUCCGUUGGAAGUCGCACUGUCGUGUGUGGCGAGCGCGAAAGUACUUGCGGAAGAACCCCAACAGCGAUGUGAACAUGUUGAGCGAGCCGGUGCAAACUCCGAAAACGCCGUUGAUACCUCCCACUUGCGACUUUAAGUGGCCGGUGUCAUUCUCAAAUGAAACAGCAGAUGAGCAAGAAUUGAGUGCCACGGUCGUUGGCGAAGAGUAA